CGACUUUGACCUUCAUCGGUAAUGGGAGUCAGUAAAGGGUUCAGACGCGCGUGUGUGCUCACCAUUUUUUGCGCGACGACAUUCUUUGUGCACUGCCAAAAGAAUGAAGACAAAGAAAAAGGCAUCCUGGAUUUUCUCCCUUUUAAAGGGAGUUCUUCAACUGCAGCGCCAGAUCCCACAUAUCCACAUCAAUCAGUGGUCAACUCAGUAAACAAAACUCGCACCAUGCCCUGUAAAUGCGAAGAAGGCUCUUGCAAUUGUUGUACUGGUAAUGUGUUGACCAAUUUCAAUGUGUCAAUGCGAAACAAAAUUUGCGUCAACGUCGCUUAUGAUCCAGAUGACUUCGAGUUCCUUUAUAAAGUCAUGUUCAAUGAAAGACAACUCUAUCAGAACACAAUUUCAGGUAAAAAUCCUCCUCCUAUCUGCUUGCCAUUGAGAAGAUUUCUCCCAGGAACGGCAUGUUUGCGAUUUAAUAACGUUUAUAUGAUAGGACGAAAUCUUCAUGCCUGCCUCACUUUAGUGGGAUUAUGGCAGGAAUUCGAACUUUUUAAUAUAUCUUUUGACUGCAUCCGUGUGGGAACUAGUGGAAUAGCAAUCGUCAAACCGGAAGAAGGAGGUGGGUUACCAAUUCCCGUUGUCGGUGAAGAUGUAGACCCAGAUGAUUUAGAUUAUAACGAUAGUGCUAAAACAAUACUUACACACUGAUCAGCAUUUUGUAACAAACUCAAUUAAAUAGUAA